CGUUGAUCUUUUUCGACGCCGUAAAAAAGCGUAAUGGAUUCUGAGUUUGGUUGUUAAAUUCCGCGAUAGACAUCAUCGCUUUUAAGGAGAGUUUAGAUUUAUAUUUGGCAAGUGAACACCAUGGAUGCAAUGGAGACUAUUGUAAUAACAAAUAAUGAAGGGAAAGAGACAGAUAAGACCAUAUCCGGUUCCGACGUGAGUAAAACGAGAGCAGGUUGGUACUCAGUUCAUCAAGUAAAAUAGGUUUCAUCCCUCAUCGCAUAAUGCGAUGAGGAACUGAAUUUAUUUGGACCGUGCAAGUUACAUGGCAGCUUGUCAAUACCCGGCUGGAAAUGGACCACGCUUUUGACCAGCCUGUGUGCAAGAAGAAGAAACUGUGGGAAGUGGUGGCAGAGAAAGUAAACAGCAAACUGAGGGAGUCGGAGGCCUCAGAUUUCACAGUAAAAGCAUACGAGUGUGAUCUCAAGUGGAGAAAUAUGCUGGCCACAUACAGGAAGAACGCAGAGCGGGCAAAGCGGCUGGGGCCCGCCAGCGUCCACUGGGAGUUCUUUAAGGCCAUGCAUGAGGUCCUGGGGAAGAGCAGAGAUGAGAUCGAAGCCCAGCGCAGGGCCAAGCUCAGUGGCACUAAGGUGGGCAAGGCUAUAGCGAGCAAGAGGUUUACGCCAAUCCUGCCCACGCCUCCCAUUAUGCCCGCUCCCUGUCCCGCCAAGCCUCCACAGGACGUCCUGCAACUGUACAUGGAUUUGCAGGAGAGGAAGUUGAACAUGUGGGUGCAACAGAAAGCACUGGAGGAGAGGAAAAUAGAAGCAAUCAACAAUCUGGCCCAGGCCAUCUCCAGUCUGGCUCAGAAGAACAGGAUGACAAACGAAGGACACUAGGACAGCAGCUUCUAUCAGACUUUCAUGACACUAUAUUAAUGCUGCGUGUUUUAAACCUCAUCAUAAAACAUUUGAUCAAAAAAUAA